ACGUAGUUUGUGCAUCGCAGGUCCGCAGCCACGUAUCUGGGCUUGGCAGCACUCCUUUCUACACCCUUUGCCCCUCACCCAGCAAAGAAGAGUAAUUCUUGGGCAUUUUGCAUCUCCAUCAGGACGAGAUCCGAUCAGCAGCUCCUUUAGAGGAUUGUGGUGGAAGAAGCCAGUGGAGAGAAAGCCCCAAACUCUGAAGGUUUUGAUAGAAGCUUGCCUCUGAAAGACUGGAACGGAAUAAAGAACAUAAUGACUACUUUGGAUGAUAAACUGCUUGGCGAGAAGCUCCAGUAUUAUUACAGCAGUAGUGAGGGAGAGGAUGAAGACAGCGAGAAAGAAGAUAAAGAAGGGGAGAGCACCAUUCCCGAAAGCGUUGGGGAAGUAGAGCUCAGCAGCGAUGGCAGCGCAGUCAACACAGGUCCCAAAGGAGUCAUUAAUGACUGGCGAAGAUUUAAACAGCUGGAAACUGAACAGCGGCAGGAGCAGCGCAGAGAAAUGGAACGGCUGAUAAAGAAGUUAUCUAUGACAUGCAGAUCUCACUUAGAUGAAGAGACUGAUAAGCAGAAGCAGAAGGAGCUUCAGGAUAAAAUCAAUGGAAAGAUGACGUUGCAAGAAUAUAACAUGAUGCACAGUGAUGAGGAUGAUGAGGAAUUUUUACAGCGAUACAGGAAGCAGCGAAUGGAAGAGAUGAGGCAGCAACUGUACAGCGGGCAGCAAUUUAAACAGGUUUUUGAGAUUACCAGUGGAGAAGCGUUUUUGGACACAGUUGAUAAAGAGCAUAAGAGCACGCUGAUCAUGAUCCAUAUUUACGAAGAUGAUAUCCCUGGCACUGAAUCCCUGAACGGCUGUAUGAUCUGCCUGGCUGCGGAGUAUCCAACAGUUAAAUUUUGCAGAGUAAAGAGUUCGCUCAUUGGUGCUAGCACUCGCUUUACUAAUAAUGCUCUGCCAGCUUUGCUGAUCUAUAAGGCAGGUGAGCUCAUUGGCAAUUUUGUGCGAAUCACUGACCAGCUUGGAGAAGAUUUUUUUGCUGUAGACCUGGAGGCUUUUCUGCAGGAAUGUGGUUUGCUUCCGGAAAAAGACCUAGUGCUCCUGAAUUCUAUACAUAAUCCAUCUGCAUGUUACAGCGAAGACAGUGAUCUGGAAAUAGACUGAACCACUUACACCAAGGGGCCAGUAGGUGUAGUUGUACUGCGGGAUGUUCUUGUGCUAGGGAUUGUUCCCUUUCUUCCUUAGUGUGGGCGUGUAUUCUUCCCCUCCAUGCACUUUGACUUUUGCUUGUUAAAAAUAGCAUUAGGAAUUCCUAACAGUUUUCUUAAAUUAAUUCAAUAAAGUAUGCACUGAAACAAGCUUGCUUUUAUGCAAUUCAGAUGUAUUUUACUGAACAGGAAGUGCUAACACAAUUCAGUAAGUGCAGGAGAUUGUGUAUUGUCAUCCCUCUUCUCCAGAUCACUUCGAUUUUUUUAACAUUUUGUUCUCAGAUCAGCUGUGGCUGGUCAGUCUCCUUACAGAUAUCCUGAAGCUUGUAUGAAUACCAGUUGGUUCAAGACGUGGGCACCUACUCACUAAGAUAAGAACUGAGACCAGAAAUGGAGAAUUUUUUAAGCAUUCCAGACUUAGUAACCUGGAGCUGAACUGCUGCCAGCUAACAGUGCAAGGUCCCGUCUUCCGUUCCCCAGUUUGCAGUCUCCUUGAAAGCACCCUCUUGCUCUACCACUUGGCAUCAGGUUUUUGUUCCUUUCUCACUUACAAAUAACAACAGCCCCUGACUUCAUCCUGAAAAUUACUUUUCAGCUGGAGAGGGUUCUUCCUUCAGCCUUGCCCGAGACUUGAGUGAGAAAACCUUCUUUCAGUUACAGCUCUUAAUACAUCCUUGGGUUUUAAAAUACUCACCCUUAGAGUUCAUAGUAUUCACUUCAUCAGGAAAUGAUCUCUGCCUCUUAAGAAAUACAAAGAGCUCCAGCGUGUGUGCUGAAUAGCAUCAAGGAGAAUUUUGUUGGCAAAAUGCAGAAUUGGGACUUCAAUAACUUCAGAAUUUCAUCUCUCUGUAAAAUUACUAAAUGAGCGCUAAAGUUCAUUUCUGUCUGGCUUCAUACUACCUGCUUCAGCUGGGUCAUCAGGUGUGUUUUGAACAUUAAGAACCCCUGGACCUGACGACUGGACGGCUUUGUAGGAGAGCAGCCCUGAGCCCAGAGCCAGGUCACCAAUACAGGUGCUCAGUAUCGGGCCUGUUUUUUCACAGCUUUUCCCCUUCUCUGA